CGGUACGGGGCGCUGUGCCGCGCGCACCUGCGCCUGGAGUAUUUGCGCGCCAACGCCACUACGCAUGACUUCCUUUUUGGAGCGAUUGCUGAACUGAUUGACAAUGCCCGAGAUGCAGGAGCCACCCGACUUGAUAUAUUUACUGUAGAUAAUGACCAGCUGCAAGGGGGAUUUAUGUUGUGUUUUCUGGAUGAUGGAUGCGGCAUGAACCCUAGGGAAGCUACUCAUCUCAUUUAUUUUGGAAAGUCUUCUAAACGGCAGUCUGCCUCCAAGAUGAUUGGAUGCUAUGGCAAUGGCCUUAAGUCUGGAUCUAUGCGACUAGGGAAAGACUUCAUAUUAUUUACCAAGCAAGAAGAUACCAUGACAUGUGUUCUCUUUUCUCAAACAUUCUGUGAGAGAGAAGGCCUUGAUGAGGUGAUUGUUCCAAUCCCUUCAUGGUCAGUAAGUACCAGAAAACCUGUUUUACAUGAUGCUGCAACAUUUGCUGUACAGAUGUCAAUCAUCUUUAAAUAUUCCCCUUUCACAAGCGAAGAUGAAUUGAUGCAGCAAUUUGAUGCAAUCUAUGGGAAAAGCGGAACUUUAAUAAUUAUUUACAACUUGAAGCUUAUGCUGAAUGGAGAGCCAGAGCUAGAUAUUAAAACAAAUAAUACAGACAUGCUUAUUGCUGGUCUUCCUGACAACCUUCCAGAAAAAUGGUCACUCAGAGCCUAUACAGCUGUAUUGUAUUUUGACCCAAGGAUGAAGAUAUUCAUUCAGGCUAAGAAGGUAGAAACUCGAUACUUGCCUUACUGCUUUUACAGACCCAGGAUGUAUCCAUACUUGACAUCCUCCUUUAAAGCUAUUGCACAGAAUGAAAUAGAAAAGGCAAAAAAAGACCUGAAGAUUGCUGAACAAGCUGUAAAAGAAGCUGAGUGUCAAUUAAAACAUCUGGAAGAAUUAUUUUUGCAUGAAGACAAUGAGGUACUGUACCCUUUAAAUGUAGAAAGCUUGUCUUCUGAUCAUGAUGAGCACUGUAGUAUACAAGUAGUGGUGAGCACUCCCUCUAGAAAGUUCUGCAACCAAAUGGUAUUUCUCCAGUAUCUGGAGAAAGGAAACGUGAAGAAUAUAGACACAAACAAUUGGCAUCCUUUCAUCUGCAAGAGACAAGAACUGAGAAAGCCAAAGAAGCUCUAUUUAAUAUUUGGCAUAAACAUAGGGAACAGAAGUCAAGAUGGAAUGCUUAUCUAUAGCAACAAUCGGUUGAUCAAAAUGUAUGAAAAGUUGGGACCUCAACUAAAACCAGACUCUUGUUUUGGUGCUGGUGCAGUAGGGAUGGUCAACAUGCCCUUGGAAGCCAUGGAGCCCACACACAAUAAGCAGGCUUUUGUUAACAUUAAAGAAUAUAACCGCUUGCUUAGAGCCAUGAGGCACUGUCUGCUCCAGUACUGGAAGGACACAGGAAUAAGUCAGAAAGGAGUAGUUUCCUUCUGGAAUGAGUUUGGAUAUCUAAGUGACAAAUGGUCUGAGAAACCCUUGGAUGUAGUUCAGUAUAGGAGAAAACGUGCAAUGGAAGUUCCUGCCAUUGUUCAGUGUGAUAUCUGCCUUAAAUGGAGGAUUCUCGCAUCUUCCACUGAUGCUGAAAAUGGAGACCACAGUGGCAUCUGGAUCUGCACAUAUAACCCCAACCCUCUGGAAAACAAGUGUCAUAGACCAGAACAUUUACCUUCCAUCCCUUUGGGCACUUUAAACAAACCAGCGCAGUUACCAAAUGACAAAGAAAAGCUCCUUUUAGAGUCAAUCCAGAGACAUCAAAAGAAGCUGGAAAACUUGCAGUCUCAGAGGCCUCAUUUAAUAGAACCACAUACAAGUGUUCACUCUGAAGAGAGCACAGGAGCUGCAAAGAAAACUCAAAAAGAAAGAGCUCAGACAACAGUGCAGCAAAGGCAUGUGUUCCAUAGAGAAUCAUCUGUGUUGUCUGUAUAUAGAAGAAAAAAGUAUGAGCAAAAAGCUGAAAAAAUGAGCCUUAGAAGAUGGAAAAUUACAGAACAGAGGCUUCCUUCCCAAAAGACAGACAGGCCUCAUCAACAACAAAAACAUGUUAUUUCCUUGUUGGAGAAGGAUCACGAAGUUUCACUGAUUUGUCCUCCUGAAGUAAAGAACAAGCAAACAUCUCAGGAGCAGUCUGAAGUUGUUGAAAUUGUAGGAGAAGAUAAUGACCCAGACAUCAUCUAUGUUAUAGAUUCUGAGUGCGAGACUGAAGACUUGCCAAACUAUGGAGAAAGUAAUGAACGGCUUUGGUUGAACAAAGAUUUAUUUGAAGGAAAAUGCAAGUGGCCUGACAUACAAACACGCAUUUGUCUUGAUCAGAUGGAUCCUACAAAAAUAAAGGGAAAUAAUGUGCCUCCUUCAAAGGUGGAAAGUUCAUUGGCUGAAGAUCUAAAAGAGCAUGCUGAAAGAAAAGUCCAAGUGAUUAUGCAGUCGGCUGCUACAGCAAAGCUUACAGAGUCCCCCCAGAGCUUGUCUGGAAAGAAAACUGUAGAGAUAUUAACAUCUCACUUAAGAGAGGUUUUGCUGUAUUUUUUGCCAGACAGUAAGCUGUCACAGGAACAGAUUAGUGGUAUGUCUACUGAGGAACUAAUAUCACUAUUUAAGGUUAUAAAAGACUAUUUCGUUGAAUAUGAAAGGCAGCUACUUGGGAAAAUUCAGUCUAUAACUAGCCACUCUUGUGAAGUAGCAAAAAUUUGGGAAUUGCGACAAAGAGGCUGCGAGUUAGAAAUGAAAGCUACAAAAGAAAAACUGAAGAACCUUCGGGAAAAGAUGGCAGAAUUACUACAGCGGCUUCUUCCAGGAUCUGUCACUGAAUUCCAGAAAUACUGCCAGUCAGUUAAUGAAAAAAAAGACCUUUCUGCUGAGGGUGUUGAAACAGAUGACUUGGAGCAGCUUGAUGGCUAUCUUGAAGAACUGCUCAAACAGGAUGUGUGCUUCUCUGGCAUGUUAAGUUUACCUUCUAUAAGCACAAACCCAGUGGAGAAAGAGAGCCUGCCCUCGGUUUCACCGGAGGGACCCUCUUGGUGAAUGACUUCCCAGCUUCCCAUUACAAGACAGUUGUCCUCAAGGCACUACAGAGCAGCUGCCUUGGCUGACUCGUGAACAGUCCCUUGAGUUGCUGAUGCACCUUCACAUGUAUUGAGCCUAAAUUCCAGCCCUUUUUCUCUGAUGUCACCUGCUUCUUGGCCUACUCAAGAGAAAACCUACUACUCUCCAUUGAGUUUCAAGGCCUGAUGUCCUGCACUUAGCAAUUCCAAUUUUCCUGGUCCACUCAGCAGUUGCAGGGGCCUUCCCUCCAGUUCCAAAGUGGUCUGUUUCAAAGGGACCAUGUCCCUUUUUCCACUUUCACUCAGUAAUGGAUCAGGGGCCUCUUUUGGACUUUCCAUUUGAAUUAGGUAUUAGUAUGCCAUUGUAAUAAAUGUUGCUGGAGUUUUAGGUUUUGUCAGUGAAGAUGUAAAUUAUUAUUUCAGGCUAUGUUUACUGCAUGUUGGCUUUUUCUGGAUGCUAUAAAUACAGUUGUUCUAAAGAGUCUGCAAAUCUUUGACUUAUUUAUGUUUAUAAAGGCAGUGUUUCCAAA